AUUUGAAUGUAAGAGAGGAAAAAGCUCUAUGUUCCACGUGUGGAGGACAAUAAUGGCAACAUGAAAAUGCUCAUGAUAUCCACUGUUGAUUAUCUUACUGCAAGCUCAAUGAAUAUAUUGGAACCUGCCUUGGUAGAUUCUGAUGGACAUCAACGUGAAGAUGGUAUGCCUUAUCAUUUAAAUGUUCAACCAGUGCUUGUUCCCUCGAUCUGAAAUGAUAACUGUAUCAUCUUUGGUUGAAUAAGUUAUGCAGGCAAGUGAUCCGGUUGAUUUAUUCAUCCUCCCUGGCCUUGCUUUUGACAAAUCAGGAAGCCGUUUGGGCCGUGGUGGGGGGUAGGUUGAUGUUUUGAGGUUUUGUGUCUUAUUGAUCAUUGUUUGAUAUCAUUAUUAGUAUAUUUAUUUUCUUAAAAUCAUCAUAACAUCUGUCUUUGCAUAUGUUUGUUUUGAUAGACGUAUUUUCUUUGACAGAUUACUGAUAAGUAGACUUCAUUCACUUCAAUAGCAAUCUGAUUCAACAUUCAUUAAGAUAUCUUGUUCUGCUAUUCCAAUGCGUUACAAUUUGUGGCAGUUACUAUGAUUUAUUCCUGAAGAGGUAUCAAGAGCUUAUCGAAGAAAGGAAAUGGAAGCAGCCUUUCCUUGUUGCGCUUUCCUAUUCCGUACAAAUUAUGGAGGAAGGAACAAUACCUGUCACUCCAUAUGAUGUUCCUGUGGAUGCUCUUGUAUCCCCAUCUGGUUUCACUCUAAUAAGCUCAACUGCUUUGAAGAAAUUCAAUUGAAUGAAGCUGUAGCCUUUUCUGCUGUAUUUCAUGGAUCAUCUCACGUUUUUAAGAAACUGCCUCUAUCAAAAUGGAGCAUGGGCAUAUCCUUCCAAUCAGCGAGUUCCAAUAUGGAAUGUUCACAGGUCUCAUUUCAUUUGAUUACAUCAGGAAGGAGAUAGCAGAGGAAUAACAAUUCUUAACAUAGUUGUCAUGAUGGGUGAUUGUGAAAUUGAAUUUAUUAUGGAUCAGACAUGCUUUCUCUAGAAGUCUGAAAUGAAUGAUAUUUUGGUCUGCUACUUAGGAAAUUUCUUUCUGAAGAAGAUCACGGCAAGACUCUUUCCAGCUUGUUUUGGAGGUGGUGUUGCUGUAGUGCUGCCAUCAUAUUGCUUUCUCCGUGCUCCAGUACACCAUAAGCUAAAGCAGUAAGGCCUACGACCAUUUCCAGAUCCCAUGUUAAUCCUAUCUGAAAAUUUUAGCCACAACUGUCUGAUCUUUCUAAUUUAAGGAGGUUAAAGGAACUGAAACUUGCAAACUGUAAGAAAGUGAUGGAUAUUCCGUGCCUCCAAUCCUUGGAGUCCUUGAGAAGUUUGUUCUUGAUUAACUCUAAUGCAUGCCCUUUAGCAGUAAAGACGAAAAGGUUUGUGCAAUCUAAAUAUGAAUGGAAACAAAAUUCCAGAUUGGUUUUCCCAAGAUCAAGUUACCUCCUCAAUCUAAAAAAACCAUGAGAUCAGAGGAAUGAUCAUAGCUGUCAUUAUUUCUCUUUGAAUGUAGCACCCGUGUACAAGCAAAGACCCUCAAAAAUUAUAGUCCGGAGAGUACUGGAGAUCACAUUCAUUUGGGUCGAUAUCCAGCAUAUCACCAAUUAGUCUCUAGCUUGAAAGAUUGUUUCGAGAAUCAAUUGACAAAGCAAAACUCCACCAUCCGUUCAGGCAACAGAGCUGAAGAAGGCUGGGAUUCAACUAGUUUUUGAGACGGAUGACGAUCAUGGGGUAGAAGAGGACUCGCUAGAUGAAAUCCAGCAGUCUCUGUCU